UGCAAGAAAAGCUUUGACAUUGGAAAUAUGGGUGAAAGUGCGGUUAAGAGCCACUCAAAGGGAACCAAGCACAUGCAGUUGCUCCAAGCGCUGAAGGAACGUCACCGUUCGAACACCAAUAUUACCGAGUAUUUUGGAAGGUCCUCGUCAUCGACGACAGGUAUUUCCAGUGAUCGAGUUGCACGGGUGUGUCAAUAUUUCGUACAACAUGGCACUCCAAGACCUGAACUGCUUGGCGGGGCCAGAAAUGUAGAGGAAAACGAGGUUAAGAGGGAUGCGAUUAAACAACACAUCAUGCAGUUUAAGUGCAGAGCUUCCCACUAUGGGCGCAAGGACAGUCCGGGCCGUCGUUACCUCCCCUGCGACCUAAGCGUAGCAAAAAUGCAUUCACUCUUCGAAGAACAAAAUCAUCUCCAGGCCUCGUAUGCGCUGUACUACAGCGUCUUCAAAACAGCGUUUAACCUUGGAUUUGGUCACCCAGCUACGGACGUUUGUUGGACAUGUGAAAGCUUGAAGUCUAGGGUUAAACAGCAGGGUAUUUCUGAAACACAGCAGAGGGAGGAGGCUGCCUCCUUUAUUCUACACAGAAGGCAGGCUAGAUCUUUUUAUGAUGCUCUCAACCUGGUGCCACCUAACACAGUAAGCAUCUGUUUUGAUAUCAUGGAAAACUUAGUUUUGCCCAAGACACCAAUAGGUCAGAGCUAUUACUCCCGCCAGCUUUACCAAUACGUACUCGGGAUUGUUCUGCAUCCAGGGAAGGAUUCAUUCCAGCAUAAAGAAGAUGUCCUUCUGUAUACCUGGUGUGAAUACCAAAAUGCCAAAGACAGCAACCUUGUCGCUUCUGCUUUGCAACAUGCUCUAACAACACCUUUCGCGAAUGCUGUUAACGGUGUUGAUACCGUUCGCCUUUUUAGUUAUAGUUGUUUUGGGCAGAAUAAGAAUAUUAAUGUCAUUGGUAUGCUGUCUGCAUUCUCAAAAAUAAAAGGGGUAAAAUUCCGAUACACUUUUCCGGGGCGAGGGCACAGUUACCUCCCUGCUGACAGGGUGUUUGGGAGAAUUGAAAAAAUGAUCAAAACAAAGGGAACUAUUCUACUUCCCUCUGAUUACCAUGAAAUUCUCCAGAAGCAUGGUACAGUUUUAAUUUUAGAUCAGGACUGGACUGCCCUAGACUUCAAAAUGUCUGUUGGAGAAGUGGUCAAAACUGCUCGUUCUUUCAAAAUCUCAGAGGCGAAAGUUCUGAAUGUGUCGGGAGAAAAGUUGGGAUUUCUAUCCACCUAUAAUGGCGAGGAGUGUUUCCACAAAAUCCUGAAGAAAGGAAAGUCUUGGGCCGCCCUUUUACCCACACCAUUGCAGCCACACAGCAGCGUCUGAUGCAAAGAAAAAUGAUGUUUCGCUAUUAAAGGCCAUUUCAGUUCCCCAGCAAGUGAUGGAAUUUUAUGAAAAUGCUUUUUCUUCCACAGCUGAAAGCGACCAUACUGAGGAGGAUGACUCUUACUGAAGCUGAACUGAAGAGCACCAAAGAGGAUUACUCUUAUUGAAACCGAUGCCAGUAUUUCAUUAAGUUUGUUGCUACAAAUAAAUUGGUUACUUUAGUUUUAACCGAAAAGCUUGAGUCAAUUGCCUUUCUUAAGACUGCUGAAAACAUUUAGGAAUGUUUUGAUUAUUAUAAGAGUGGCAAGCACUCGCCAAAGGUACGGUGGUUCUCUCCGGGCACUACGGCUUCAUCCACCCGUAAGACUGGCAAGCUCUCAUGUAAGUGAAAGAUUGUCGAGUAUGGCUAUAAACAGCAACCAAGUCUUAGUGUGACCUUACUUCGGAUUGAACCUCGAUCCUCUGACUUCGAAGGGGACACUCUACCAAUGAGCCACCAGGGCAGGCCAUCAUAAGUAACAGCUGACCAACCAGUUGCCAUUUUAUUUCCUGUGUUGAACAUCAAGCCAAAAAGAAAUUGUGAUUUGUUCUCUGACUUGACCCAAGGUUGAACCUGGGUCCACCAGUGUGUAAGUGGGCGCUCAACCUCCUGAGCUACCAAAUCUGAUUCACCCUUUGUAAGGAAAAGCAACACUGCCCGCCAGUUCGUCGCAAAACAGCUAUCAAUAAAAUCAUCAUUGAUACCAGAUUAAGAUUUCAGAUCUGAAGAGGACAGCCAUGCCAGUUACUUAAUUCCCUCCAUUUUUAUUGCAAAAUACAACCCACAACAAAAUAAUUUAAGACCUAGGGUUUCUUUUUUGUAUAUGAGGUACGGAAAUACUGCAUUUUGCAAGAAAGGGAAGUGGAUACAUCGCAUUUUGAGAAAAAGCUACAUAUUCAAAUUACUUAAAAGUUAGGAUAAUUUUUGAAAACAUUUCUUAAAAAGGGCUGUUAUUUCUUGUGGCACUGUCACUUCAUUCAUCAAACCUGAGAUGAAAUGAGCAAAUUAGUUGUUUAAUAAGAACUCUUUUUCAAUUUUACAAAAAUGAUCAAAAUGGAUAUAUCUUGUUUUGCCGUCAAACCCUUCAUAUAUAAAAGAAAAUAACCUCAAACCGCAUCUUCUUCAAAUUUCUGUCAUUUAUGAUGCAGGUGUUACGCCACACUGGAACGUUAUCCAGUUAAAAUAUGGUUAAAUAAAUUAAUAAAAAUAAAUAUGAACACUCCAGCACAUAACAUCUACAAAUAUGUGGCUAGAGAAACAUAACCAAGAUUUCAGGAAAUGCUGUAUAUGCAGGAUAUACAGUAUCGCUGCAUGUUUUUCUUAAUAGGCCGUGUUGAAAAUUACCUGCUAAACCGAGACAGAGAUAGUCAAAACGCUCCUUAUCUAAAUGAACCUAUCUGUCUGAUGAUCCGUGACUGUUCGUCUUCACUUGUAGAUAUGAAAUUAGAAGUUAACCCGAGCAUUAAAUUAAUGUACGACUCACCUUGAGGGAAAAAAUGUGUACUGCAAAUGUCUGAAUGCUGAA